UUGCCAUAUACUAUAGCAAGAAGUGUUUGUUUGUCUCUUAAUUUAAUGGCGAACAUAGUGAAAACCGAAAGUGGCAUUGAUCUUUUACAAAGAUUUUCUGUCAGGCCGAAACUUGUUGGGUUGCAAGUAGAAGUCUUUGGAGAAAAUGGACCACUGCCCGGAGACGUGAUAGAGAUCAACGAAAAAGAUACAAAUUUUAAAACUAUCCUGUUGACCCAGUGGAUUAUAAAAUGUAUACUUCCUGCAGCUUGGAGAGGUGUGCAAAUUGGCGGGCUUGAGGUGGGAGUGGUGUUUCUGUCUACUGAUCAUCAUUUUUCGUCAUUAAACUUGGUCACUUUGCUUGAGAGAAGGUUGAAAAGAACUCUUCGGCAAUGUCAGCAACUUCCACCUGGCUCAGGGCUUACUAUGAUGAAAGAAAUUACCAAAGAUUCUCUAAAGAGACUUUCCUUAUAUGAAAGCUUUUGUAAAACAGAGCUCCUUUUUAACUUCUGUUCUACCAAAACCUACAUUCUGUCUCAUUCUCAGUCUUCAGUGGUGAUAGUUGAUAGCCUUUCUGCAUAUUAUUGGGAAGACCGAUUGUCAUCGUCAACCAUGCAGAGCCUAGACAAAUAUUGCCAAUCUCUUCUGCAGUCUCUUAUUGAAAAGUUGAAACAAACCAAUAUUACCAUCAUAUACACUGUACAGCAAUUCCUCAGAGAACUUCAUGAAAGAGAAAGUAGUGAUGCUCAAUUGUUUAUUUAUUCCCUUUCUAUAGAAAAUCCACUGCAAACUGUAAUUCACGUAGAAGAUAGAAGGACUGGUAGUAAAUUUUCAAAGAAAAUUGAGUCUCUCAAAGGAGACUUGUUGUUAAAAUAAAACUUUGAACAACAGAAAA